AUGGCACAGUAUUUCACUCUCCUGCUCAACUGUCCUGUUGUAAUUGCUGCCAUUUGUGUGGCUGGCAUUGGUGGGACAUUUCAAUAUGGAUUCAGUGUAUCUGUGAUGACUUCCCCGUCUGCUUUUAUAAAGGAGCUGGUGAACAAAACAUGUCAGCAGAGAUACAGUGUCUCCUUGGAUGAGUGGCAGCUUUCUCUCAUCUGGUCCUUCACUGUGUCCGUUUUCUGCAUCGGGGGCUUGGUGGGGUCACUGGUGGGCGCGUCACUGGUCACAAAAUUUGGAAGGAAACAAUGCCUUUUGUUUAAUAAUUUCUUGGCUAUAAUUGGAGCGCUGUUGAUGAUCUUGAGCCAAACAGCAAUGUCCUUUGAGAUGAUCAUGGUGGGACGACUUCUCUAUGGCAUUAAUGCAGGAGUCGGUCUCACAGUUCAAAGCAUGUACCUUGUUGAAUGUGCCCCCAAGAGGCUGCGAGGGAUGGUGGGCGUGACCAUCGCUACCUUCAUCUCCUUUGGGAAGUUCAGUGGUCAGCUGCUGGGGAUCAGUGAGUUGCUUGGUACACAGGAGAGGUGGCCCUGGCUGCUUGGUUUCAAUGGUUUCACUUCGUUACUCCAGCUCUCCACCCUGCCAUUCCUGCCAGAGUCUCCCAGGUUCCUGCUGCUGGACAGAGGAGACCGCCGGGCCUGUGAGGAAGCUUUAAGGACGCUAUGGGGCAACAAGGACCACAGCGUUGAGGUGGAGGAGAUGCUGGAGGAGAAAGCUGCUUUGCAGAGUGUUCGAAACCACUCAGUGAUGGAGCUGAUUCGGAGCCAAGCACUGCGCUGGCAGAUCCUCACCAUCCUCGUUACCUUCACCACACUGCAGCUCUGUGGCAUCAAUGCCGUGUACUUUUAUUCUUUUGAAGUGUUUCGUGCUGCAGGAAUCCAAGAGGACCAGUUGAGUUACACGGCCUUAGGAACAGGUCUGUGUGAGCUGUUCACCUCUUUCGCCUGUUUCAUGAUUAUUGAGAAUACAGGCAAAAAGGCCCUGCUGUUCAGAGGAUACAUGGGGAUGUCUGCAAUACUGAUCCUCCUCACCGUCACUCUGUACCUGCAGAGUAAGGUCUCCUGGAUGUCGUACUGCAGCAUGGGUCUCAUUUUCAUCUUCAUUUUCUUUUUUUCCAGUGGACCAGCUGGAGCGACAUCUCCUCUUCCAGGAGAAUUAUUUACGCAGUCAUUCAAAUCUGCUGCAUUCAUCAUCGGCUGCACUCUCAACUGGUGCGGCCUGUUUGUGGUGGGGAUGCUCUUCCCUGUCUUAGUUGAGAAGCUGGAUUACUUUUGUUUUCUCCUAUUCCUGUUUUUCUGCGGCGGCUGUGGGCUCUACGUGAGGUUCAACAUCCCUGAGAUCGAGAAUAAGACAGCGCUGGAGAUUGCAGCAGAGUUUCAGAAGAUGCACUGCAAAUCUGAAGAAUCACAAAGGGAAAAAGGCACUGAGCUGAAGCUCAACAGUGGCAAAACAUACGAGACCAAAUUCUGA